GUCGAACCACUGUCAUAACAACAUAACACACAUUGGUCUAGCGCAAAGUUAAAUUUGUUUUAUCCGUUUCCGUUUUGUUUAUGCGAUAAAAACAAAUCUGGUAGAGGGUGUGUUUAUUCUGUGAAGGUAAGCACCAAAACGCAGAUAAAGGAAGGAGACCAUGAGUUGGUAACAGUUUGUUCCCUCACUCCCCACUCCGCCGCUACUGUUCUCGAAUUAAUUCAAGUCCUGACACAGACUCUAGCCUCACCUACACAAUCAGAGACAGAUUAGAUUAAAUUAUAUUAAAUACUUCAUUCAUCCUUUUAGUUGCACAACACUUCAAAGGCUUCGAUCGUGCGAUACUAUUGUGUUGACUGCACUGACCAAUCCUCCAUUGUUGUGUUAUCACCGAAAACAAUGCCCUGUUUUGCCCAAAUACGUGACUCACGAAAGCGUGAAGGUUGCACGACACCAGGUGCUUCAUAUAUAUAUAUAUAUACACACACACACAUAUAUACAUAUAUAUAUAUAAGGAGGUGUGCGCUUUGUGGACCACACACAUCAUCCAGGUUUUGUUUGAGAUGGAGCAUUUCUUCCUCCUGCUGUUGCUGGUUUCCAGCAGAUACUGCGCUGGGAACGCCGUCAACCCAGAAGAGGACGUCAACCUGCCAGUCUGCCAGCCGGACACCUGCACCCUGCUCACCGAGGUGGCGGGCAUGAGGGAGAAGCUGUCGGCCACGGCGCAGACGCAAAGCGCGCUGGAGCAAAGGCUCAAUGACCUGAUGCAGAAGCUGGCCGCGGCGGAAGCCAGCCUGGGCACCUACAAGCAGCUGACCGAGGAGCUCUCCAAGACCAACCAGGCUCAGGACGAGCAGCUGAAGACGCUCUUCCUCACCACCUCGUCCACGGGCCAGAAGAAGGCAGCCUUCACCGUCGCGUUAGGAACCCCGGAGGGUCCGUACACGGAGGACGUGCCGGUGAAAUACCAGAGAAUCGUCUCCAACAUCGGCACCGGCUACAACCCGGCCACGGGCGUCUUCACCGCGAUGAUGCGAGGCAUGUACUACUUCUGCUUCACCAUGUACAACAACAACGCCGGCCAGCCCAACUCGGUGGUGUCGCUGAUGAUGAACCACCAGAGGGUGGUGUCCACGUGGGACACGGAGGGUCAGGACACCCACGACAGCGCAACCAACGCGGCGGUGCUGCUGCUGGAGCCCGGAGACAACGUGUACGUGAAGCUUUACGCCAAGAGGGUCCUCUACGACGACGAUUUUUACUACAACACCUUCAGCGGUUUCCUGCUCUACCCCAUGUAGACCGCUUCCCUGAACGCAUCACGGACCGUCAGUAAAUUAUAAAAGGGGUAGAGGCGAUGAUUUUGUUUCUUCUCGGUGUGUAAAAAGAAUUCUUAAUGACAAUGAAUGAUUUCUGACCAUGUGAGAAGCCGGAGGUGUAAACUUACCAAAGAGAUUGGGUGAGUCUUCAACUUCGUCCAUGGUAUCUGUAAAACAAAAACAGCUGUUCAGCCACCGUGUAGAAUUUUUGGAUCACCGAAACUUUUAAACACCAGUCAGUGGGAUUCGAAUGAAUGCUACUAAAUCGGACAGAAUCAAAUCACGUUAAAUCAGCGGGAGAUCAGUGAGUCUAGACGUAACUCAUUCAUUCAUUCAUUCAUUCAGACAUAGAGCUCCGCUAAUCCUCAACAUGCAGCCUCUUGAUUCAAGUCAAAUUAUAUAGUAAAACCGAUUAAGGGCUUAUGUGUUUUUUUUUUCCUCUGCAAAGCGACUCUGUCUUUGAAAACGUCAUGAAUCAAGGUGUGAGGAACGCUCGGGAUUUGUGUCUCUAAUUGAAUUAAAACACAUUUCACAUAAAGGCGCCAGUAGGAGGUGCUGCUAUUCCGCUUUUAGCCCAGUACUCGUGUAUAAAUGUGCAUAAAUGUACUGCUUUGCAAACUGUAUCCAUCAAACACAAUCAAUAAAACCACUUAUUUUGGCUUUAA